GGGCUCGGGGUUUCGGGGAGGAUCUGAUCAGCCAUUGCAGCGUCGUGGCUCAGUAACAAAACACGAAGGAGCAGAGGAAGACCUGGCAGUCCGCAGGCAGGCCCAUUUACAUGACAAUUAGAGCAACCGCACGCUGUGAAUUAUUCUACACAUAAAUAACGGGAUUCAACAGCUCCGGAUAUGUCAUUCGUAUUCGAUUGGCUUUAUGCCAGUCUAAGUGGCGUACUACAGUUUUUAGGACUGUACAAGAAAUCGGGCAAGUUAGUAUUUCUUGGCCUGGACAAUGCUGGCAAAACCACACUACUGCACAUGCUCAAAGAUGACAGAUUGGGACAGCAUGUGCCAACUUUACACCCAACCUCUGAAGAGCUGACAAUUGCUGGCAUGACUUUCACCACCUUUGACCUUGGAGGCCAUCAACAAGCUCGCAGAGUGUGGAAAAACUACCUCCCUGCCAUCAAUGGCAUCGUCUUCCUUGUGGAUUGUGCAGACGGAAUAAGAUUGGCAGAAUCAAAAGCAGAGCUUGAUGCGUUAAUGACAGACGAGACCAUCGGAAAUGUGCCUAUCCUGAUCCUGGGCAACAAGAUUGACAGACCAGAGGCCAUCAGUGAGGAGCGAUUGAGGGAACUAUUUGGAUUGUAUGGACAGACGACAGGAAAGGGCACCGUCCCCAUGAAGGAGCUGAACACGAGACCACUGGAGGUGUUCAUGUGCAGCGUUUUGAAGAGGCAGGGCUACGGCGAGGGCUUCCGCUGGCUCUCCCAGUACAUCGAAUAAACCCAGCCAGGCCCCACAAACACACCGACAUCCACCCCUCCUCCUCCUCCUCCUCCUCCACCACCACAUGAGGGGGGAGGGGGGGUGGCGUCGGCGGCAGCGGCGGCCAGCCUGACCACCCGAGACGCCCGCCGCUGCCACCAGUACCGUCACACUCAGCCCCACGUUCGGUUAAUCCAGUCUGCCUCCAUCUCCAGAGAAACCAGUACAACUUGAUCCCAAUAGACUUUUAUUGGUCGAACAUUUGGUUCCGCACUCGCAGCCAUUCGAAUCCAUACGCGCACAUUACACAUUUGUUUCCACCUCUUUCUUUUUCUAAGAGGGUAACAUAGCAUAGCCGCAGCAGGAGGGUGUUUAAAAGAAAAAAAAAAAUCAAACGGAUGAAUCUUUUCUGUACUGUCUGUUGUCCGCCGCCCUCUCUCUCUCUUUCUCUUCUCUCUCUUUCUCUCUCUUCUCUUUCUCUCUCCCCUCUUCUCUCUCCCCUUCCUGCCAUCUGUUGAGUGUGACGAUAGAUGCAUUAUAACUGUAAAUCUGUACAUGAUUCCAUUGAAAUAUCAACUCCCCAAUGCCUCUAUCCCCCUCUUCAGCUCAUUUUGAACGACGAGAGCGCGCGCCAGAUAGUUGUAUACAUUGCAGUACACUUUUUUAACAGUAAAAACAUUCAUUCAACAUGGUAUUUAAUCACAGCGUCGUUUUGUCUUUGUUUUUCUUUUUCGUUCUACAUGGUUUAAGAUGUGGCCACGUACGCAGCCUUCGCUAUAAAUGUCGGCUGUUGUUCCACCCAUUUAUUAAAAUGGACCAGUGCAUUACUUACUCUUAGUCAAAAAAAAAUUAGAAUAAAAUUCUUUACAUUAUUUUGAAGUAAAAAAACAAAACAAAACAAAAAAACAGCAACCUUUGGCUCCAGGCUCCUGUUUAAUGGGCACAAAAGCAACGAAUGGAUGUGAACAGUGACCGGGCUUCUUUUCCACAAGAAGCCGGAGGCGGAAGUCUCACCGGUGGAAGAUUUUUAAUAGAAAAUAAUCCUGGCUGUAACUACGGCAUGGUUUGAAGGAAUUCCGUGAUCAGUGGACGCAAAGCAAACUGUUUCAGUUGAAUAACACUUUGCAAUAAUUAGCUUGAUAAUAACGUGCAGUAAGAGAUGACGGGAGGAAUUAGGACAUUAAAAAGACGGUUGUGAAACAUCAGGGAGUGGAUAUGAGAGGAGAUGUGUAUUCCAGCUCAGGCCUUUGUUUUUCCCUGGGUGAUUGCAGUGACCAAGUAAAGACGCAGUCCCACAGUGGGAACGGCGAGAUGGGCCUCAGCCACCUCCGAGCAGAAGGGACCAGCUAUAUUAAUAUGAAAUGUACAUCAACACCGUACAUGGAUUUUGUAUUUCUGAGUGGUUUCCUUUGAUCUAUGUGCAUUACCAGUACCUAUUAUGCAUGCCUUCUUUUGAUUUUUAACGACCAUUACUCCAGAGAGUCCAACAGGAGGGGAAGAUGAUGCCAAAAUUUACAUUGAAAGAUGAUUGUCAUGUUUUGUUUUUGUUUUUCUUUUCUUUUUUUUUUUUUUUUUUUU